GACUUCAACCUGGCCUGAGCUAAAGAGGUGUGCGAAGGCCAUGGUCUAUAUAUACGUGAAAGGGGUUACGAGUCAUUCUUGCGUGGCCAGAGUGGUAGUGGCGAUAGUGCGUGGCCCUGGUAGCGGUGGCGAUAGUGGCGAUGGUGGCGAGGGUGGCCCUGGUGGCGGUGGCCAUAGUGGCUACGAGAGUGGUUUCCUUACAACUACCUCUGACCCUUGACCGCAGCAACCGAGCAUAUGCCACCCGGGGGCUCCAACUCGCGGCUUCUCCCACAAGGCCAGGUUUCAAUGGUUUUCUCGCACAUAAUGACUGGCGGAAGUAUGCUGAUGAUGAGAGCUUGGUAGAUGCUGAUGAUGAGAGCUUGGUGGAUACCGAUGAUGAGAGCUUGGUGGAUCUUGAUGAUGAGAGCUUUGUGGAUGCUGAUGAUGAGUGCGAACUCUACUUGAAGGGCAGCGGCUUGCAGCUAUUCAUGCUUGUAGUCGACGGCGGCAAGACGGCAAGACGAGAUGGGUACAACGGGAUGGACAAGACGGGAAUAGCCGACUUAGCCACGGCGGCAAGACGGCAAGACGGGAUGGGCAAGACGGGAUAG